GCGACUUCCACGAUAUCGCCUUAGAUUACCAAGCUUGACCGAACUUCAAAAUUACUUCUAUCCAACGUGGGGAAUUUGAGAUCGAGGGCUAAAAAUACCGAAUGAUGCUAAUAUGACGUUGCUCCGCUUCAAAGACGUGGAGUGUUGCAUAUGGACGAGACCAGUGGAUGCGAUAUCUCCCAAAUCUAGAACCGGAAAAUAUUACCCUUUUUCAAACGACCCGGAAAACCAUCCGCAGAUCUACCCCCUUAAGGUUGGCGUACCUGGCAGGCAGGCCUUUUUUUCUCGGGAGAUCACCGCUUGAGCUAGUUCGCUAGAUGUAGCUCGGUUCGGCGAUUUUUACCUCGUUUGACCCACGCUUUGGUCUUCACGUCGAGCUAGUAUGGGACUAGUUAUACCACUUACACGACAUAGGAGUAGAACGUGUGCGGCGAGGCUUUUGGUACCUAUAUAAAUAAUAUGUCAAGGAUGGUGAUGUCUCGAAGAGUUUUUCAACUACAUACUCGGCUACAAUUGUAACGCUUGCGAAUAAAUACGAGGCCUAUUCCAUUUACUAUACCUAGCAUCAAGAGAUACCCCUUUUAAUAUAUCAAAUAUCAUCAUGGCACCAGGCGUUCUCUACGACGAUACCACCUCCCGCAAUGGGUUGGAGCUUGAGGAGACAUCUGACCACAUCGACACAGUUAAUGUGCUGAAGGGCCAGGCCAAGUUCGACGACCAGUCGGCAUUCGACUCAGAGAAGGACAAGGCCAACUUCCGACAAUACGAGGAGGCGUGUGACCGCGUCAAGAACUUCUAUCGCGAGCAGCACACCAAACAGACCGUGGCUUACAACCUGAAGGCGCGGAACCAUUUCAAGACGCGGCCCCGUGAAGAGAUGACAGUAUGGCAGGCCAUCGAGAAGCUAAACACACUGAUCGAUGAGUCGGACCCGGACACCAGUCUCUCGCAGAUCCAGCAUCUGCUUCAAUCAGCUGAGGCAAUCCGUCGCGACGGCAAGCCCAGGUGGAUGCAAGUCACGGGCCUGAUCCACGACCUGGGAAAGCUCCUCUACUUCUACGGAUCUGAGGGCCAGUGGGACGUCGUCGGCGACACCUUCCCCGUCGGCUGCGCCUUCGACCCCCGCAACAUCUACCCGGACACCUUCGCCGCGAACCCCGACUCCAAAGACCCCAUCUACAACACCGAGUUCGGCAUCUACUCCCCCGGCUGCGGCCUCGACAACGUGAUGCUCUCGUGGGGCCACGACGAGUACCUCUACCACGUCGUCAAGGAGCAGUCCACCCUGCCCCCCGACGCCCUCGCCAUGAUCCGCUACCACUCCUUCUACCCCUGGCACAAGGAGGGCGCGUACCGCGCGCUCAUGGACAAGCAUGACGAGGACAUGCUGCGCGCCGUCAAAGCGUUCAACCCUUACGAUUUGUACAGCAAGAGCGACGGCGUCCCCGACAUCAAGGAGCUCAAGCCGUAUUAUCUCGACCUGAUUGACGAGUUCUUCCCGCAGAAGGUCGUCAAGUGGUAGAUAGACAGACGUUGGGAUUUUCUGUACCUACAGUACCUACCUGCCUAACCUAUGUAGGUAUGUAGGGUAGGUAGGUACACAUGAUUUGAUGGCUUGGCAAAUGAACUCAGUUCAUUGUGACGAUAAAAGAAAAAUUCAUGGGAUAGGGAAGGGGAAGGGUUUGGCGAAUUUUCGGGCAUUUUGAUUGAUUGAUCUUUUGGGAUGAUAUUUAACCACAAACACAAACACAAACAAAUUAGUUAGUUUGAAUAUCCAUUUAGGUAUUUAGAUGGAAGUAGGCAGAUACCUACUUGGGUUACCUAGUAUUAUAAGUGAAUACCUAGUACGAAUAUUAGACAGUAAAUUCUAGGUAGAUAUCUAGGUUAAAGCUUUGUAUUGG